AUGUAUAAGAGAGACUCUAAACCAUACGAUCAAACUCCAUAUAUUACUGGAGGUGGAUUAGCGUAUGGUAUUCUAUGUACAUUUUCCCUCUUCUUAAUGAUCACUCUCUCUAUAAUCUACGGCCGUCUCGAAUACAACAGAAUUUUUGCUUAUUUUUGCAUAUCAAUGGUUAUUUUUUAUAUACCUCAUGUUCUUGGUGCUUGGAUAUUCGGUGCAAAUUUACGUCGCGCUCCCUCCGCAUUCUGCUGGAUUCAGGCUCUAUGGAUAAAUGCAUCAGGCAUUGCUGCUGGUCUUUCAGUACUGAUUUACUCCUUCGAAAUUUAUAGACGUAUAGUAUGUAAUCUGACAGAUGGUGAAUGGAAACGAAGGAAAUAUUACAUUGCUAUAUGUAUUAUUUUUCCCUUGUUGGUGGGUGUCAUUCCUCCAUUUUUGAUUGCUGAAAGACCUGAUGGAAUUUCACCAGGUCCAUUUUUUUGCAUGUUUUACAAACCAUCAAUACCUUUGGCAUUGGUCAGCGUUGAUGGUUGGAAUACUUUAACGAGUCUUUUCGGAAUUUAUUUUUCAAUGAGAACCGUAAUUGAGGUUAUCGCGCUUUCAUAUGCUCAUAGAGAAUCCGCUAAAACUCCCCAACAUCAAUUAAAUGCUGGGACUCAAGAAUUUGAUCUCGAUCUAAAUUCUCCAACAAGCGUAGCUACGUCAAAUCGGUUUCCAAAUAAUCCUGAUAGUGUGGUGACUUCCACUACAUCAUCGAUACCGAUUUAUGUACUCUUACGUUUGAUCCUUUUUGCUCUUUUGUACUGUGCUAUUACUAUUUUGAGUUAUGGCCGAAAUUUGUAUAUUAGCAUCCGGGAUGCAGAAUAUGACCUUGUCAAUCCUACGUAUUUAGAAUAUGUAAUUUCAUUAUUAGGUAUAAUAAUCUUUAUCGUAUUUGGCACUUCAAUAGAAGCUUGUAAAGCAUAUUGGCGGUUCCUUCAGGCUUUCUUAAGCUUUCAGUGGUUCAAACGUUUGUUAGCUCGUAAAGAUAGUUUUGGUGAUUGGGAGACAGAAAGAGACGAAUAG